AUGAAAUUAAAAUCAAUUUUGCUGGCGAGUCUUUUUCCUGCCAUGACGCUGGGAAUGUUUUGGGGAGUAGCGAGAUUGAAAAAUGCUGGUGACAAUUGGAUGGAAAAGAAGGCAAAGGAUGAUCCGUUAUUUGCUAUAUUUAAGGAAAAUAAGGAACGAUUGGACGAUGGAUUACCACCGCUUCAACCAGACGAGGUGCCACAGGAUAUUCGAAAAGUGUAUCAAAAUUAUUUUGAAAAGGAGGUGCAAAGAUACGAGCGAAAUAAGUUUUCACAGGAAGAAGACUGA